AUGCGAAGAGUCAAUUAUCCAUCAUCAUUGUAUACCCUCAGGUCUGACGAACGACCGACCGAAGAGCAGCAGUUACAGAAACAAGUCACUGCAGCAAAACCCUGUGAAAGCCAACCGUCUGAACACCCGAAUUUUAGCUACGAGCAUACUAGUUACCAGCAUACUAAAUACGAUCAUACGGGUUAUCAGCACACUAGUUACGAACAUUCUAGUUACCAGCAUUCUGGCCCCCAAAAGUCUGAGACUCCAUCGUCUGAGACCCAAUCUUCUGCAACCCAGCCGUCGGAUAAACAACCGUUCAGCGAUAAUAGUUCCUCACAAAAGCCCUUGGCUCCAUACACCAUAACCAGAAGGGGUACCAAUUCUCAGGGCAAUCGAUACGACAAUCGCGUCACUGCCGAUGGACCUGCGUAUCACUAUUCUAACCGCGAUGGCUCAUACUACUACGCCAAUGGGGAUAAAUCGACUUACUACAAUGAUGGCCAAGGUGGAUCUAUUUAUACUGCUCCAAACGGGAAGGUCUACCAGAAGCAGAAUGACGUGAAUGAAUCUGGUUCGUGA